AGAUCAGUGUCAGGCGCACUGAGGAGAUAUUUUGAACCUUCCCCUGAGAUCUUUCACAUUGACCCAAUUGUCGAUCGGUUUUUGCGGCUUCCCGUAAAUGCUGCCUUAAUAUUGCUCGCCUGUAGUUAGUGAUCCUGUUUACACCGAGAUUUAUCGCUCGUUUAUGAUGUACGUAUUUACUUAAUUGUAUUUUGAUUUUGUAAUCAUGCAAGCGAUGGACACGAUUUAGAUUUGGAAGUGAACCUACGCGCAGGCAUGUGAUCGUGCUUGUCGGAGUCGUGUAGUGCGUCUUGCGACAGUUUUGAAUUUGAUAGUGGAUCGUUUAUUCUGAUCUCGUGAUGUGUCGCGAGCAUCAGCUUUAGCAAGGUCGCAAGAGCCUCGUUAAGUUACAUUAUAGUUUGUAGUUCGUUGACGAAUUUGUAAUUGGAUUUCGACGGAAACGCUUUUCCCGUAAUUCAUAUCGCUACAUUUCAUCUUAUGCAUUCAUUCACUACCUUGUUAUGCCCUCAGCUUGAAUCCUAUCCCUCCUUUGAUAUGACAUUAAAAAAUGAUAUUUGUAAGAGGUGUUACGACGCUGAGUAUUUAGUCAAUCACUCUUCUGCUGGGUAAGUAGUACAUCACCAUUACCAUCCACACAAAGACUACAACAUACGCGACUGUCACCACGUCGCUUCCCUUUUUGCUCAGCCAUACUCGUGUCCUCAUCCUGUGCCUGUUCGGUACAGGAGAGAGAGGAUGCCGCGGCCUCCAAACAAGGAGUUUAUGCCACGGAGGCCACCCACUCUGAGGUUCGUUCGUUUCAUGGGAACCCGUGGAACUCUUUGCCGUGCCCAGACGCAAAAAGUAUCAGACCUCUACAUCGACUUCGAAGGAAUACUGGAAGCGCAGUACAAUUCCGUUUUCACAGACGGCGACACAAUCUGGGAUGGAAGAGGUAUGCUUCGGCUUUCUAAUCUCACAGUAAAGGAGUAUGCAGUCUAGAACCCCGCGAUUGGGUACACUACUACAACUACUACUAUUAGGACUGAUGAAUUAUUUGCUCUAGGACGAGGAUUGAAACUCGAUUGAGACGAGUUGCAGAUGUUGUUGUAUGAUGAAAGACCUUGUAAUUUUCCUGCACGGAGGUGGGUUUCCAGUGACAUCCUCAUGAAUUUUCACUUACAACUUCGACCACAGGUUACACAUUUUAUUCCGGGGACGGCCGGCCAUUGCGCGGUGAUGAUUUACUAGAAGACGUUUCCGAUGGGGCAACAGUUGUAUUGUUCUGGGCAUUCAACCGCGCUCCAACCGACUCUGUACACUACGAUCCGCCACAGUUUUUGCCACCAGGUUGCCGCGAGGUCGAGGUGUGGGAAAACAUGGAACAUCUACCAGAAAACGCAAGCGAAAAAGCGCACCGGAUACGGAGGUACUUGGAGUACUUUAGUUGGUAUCUAUUCUAUUUCAUCUGCCUCACAUUGAUACACUAAAUUGGUGGUGUGUGAAUGCUUCGCGCAUUUGUUGAUCUUUGGUCUUUACAGAAACAGCAUGGAUGCAUUUAUUUCAUUUUCAUCCUGACACAACAACAGGCAGCGUCUCGCUACUCGCAUCGGGGAGGUUAGAGCUUCUGUGUACGACCAUGCGCAGAGGUUGGAACGGAUCCAGAGACGGAACAAUUUUGUGCGGUCAACUAGAUUCGAGGAGCAUGGUCUCGAAUUGGCGCGCACAGAACGAGAUAGAAUGCGAGAAGACGAUAUUUUAUGGAAAUUUGAGGGCAAGUACUCGGGCAGCUGCAUCCCCGAGGCAGAACGAGCGCGGCUUCUGACCUUCUUCGGACUGGAGCCUCCCGGAGAUUCUAGGUCUUCGAUGCAGGUGCCAGUGUACUAUGCGGAGCCAUCGGGAGCAGGACAGAUUGCUGGUGGAAGAAUGGAUCCGUCGUACAGCGCUACCUUCGUCCACGGCGCCGUCGAAGCCGAUCACUAUCGAGGUGCGACACGAACUUCGUCUUCGUCGGGUGCCAUGCUGCGAGAUCAGAUAGGAGAACUGCGGCGUGAUUUGUCGCGACACGAAGAUGGUUGUUACAGAAUAAACCAACAGGUGGAGCCACAGUAUGCAGCCAGUGGAUCAGCUUCAUCAAAUAUGCAGACAAGAGGUAGUACUUCUAGUAGGAAGGCGUUUGCUCCAGGGAGUCGAUUAAAGGACCCAGGAGGUUGUGUGGACGGCCCGGGCCAGGCCAUGAGUGAGGGUAGGAGUAGUAAAAGACCCACCGUCCCGACGUCUGAGGGUCACCGGCGUAGCGCUGUACCAGUGAAACAAGUAGAAGCGCCACAUGCAGAGCCGGUGAAGCACGAAAAAUUUGCUCCGCCAAGCAGGGGCGGCAAACGGAGAAGGUGA